ACCGAUCAGCUUCUGGGGACGAAUGUACAAUAUCAAAAAACGACAAGUGGAGAGCGACGUGGAGAGUGGACCUACUCAGUAUUGUCAGUAUCAGUCACAUCAACAUCUACUUCAGGACGGACAACAGACCAAGUCCUGGUUUACGGAUGGAUCGACUUGGAGGAUUUUUCCUCUACGUUUCAAACACAACAUCAAAAGACGACGGUCAUCUUUGUUUCCACGACGUAGAGUCGGGGUAUGAGUCACGGUCUGAAGACAAACGAAUAAACUGCUCUGUUCAGGGACGAUAUGUUAUAUACUACAACGAGCGAAAGCCGGGUGUGACGUAUCCCAGUUAUUAUUCUAAAUAUGCACAUAAUGACUUGUGUGAAGUGCAAGUCUGGGGCUGCCCCAGCCCUUCACAGUACGGAGAAAAUUGCACGAAACCAUGUCCAGAUAACUGCCAGGAACAUAGGUGUGAUAUCAUAACAGGAGAAUGUCUGGGUUGUGCAACAGGCUUUCGAGGUCCUAGCUGCAGUCAGACCUGUGAUGACCAGAGGUAUGGACCUGGAUGCGCGUUAUCUUGUGGUCACUGUAGAAACGGAGAAACUUGUCACCAUGUCAACGGGACCUGUCUCAAAGGUUGUAAAGAGGGGAUGGCGGGGGAGAAAUGUCAGAAAGAAUGCCCAACUGGAUCAUUUGGUCUUCACUGCCAGAGAAGCUGUAAAGAAUAUUGUGGAGGAGAGGGGACCUGUAACCCGGUCACUGGGAUAUGUCACAGUGGGUGUAAAAAGGGGUGGACCGGGCCCCUCUGUAGCCAAGGAAACAAUACUCCAAGAAGGGAAACAAGAUGUCAUGAACUUCCAAUGUCAGAUAUACAGAAUAGAGAGCAGCCUGAUAGUGAAGAUCAUAGGAUUAUGUACCAAUAUAGGGAGCUUGAUACCGUCUCCGUUGCCAGUACCGAGGAAUUGCGCCAGUAUUUCUAA